CUCAGCCAACUCCAUCAAAUCGUUCAAACCCUGCUUCUUCUUGGAGGGAUUCAUAAGCAUUUCUUGAGCUCUUCCUCGGCCUUUGCCCUUUUCAAGUCUCUCUCUCUCUCUCUCUCUCUCUCUCUCUCAAUACAGAUGGAGGAAGUCGAAAUUCCCUCGUUCUUCGUAUGCCCGAUUUCUCUCCAGCUCAUGAAGGACCCCGUCGCGGUGCCCACCGGUAUAACGUACGACCGCGAGAGCAUCGAGAAGUGGUUGUUCUCCACCAAGAAAGGCACGUGCCCCGUGACCAAGCAAGCGAUUCCAGACUGCGAAUUGACGCCCAACCACACGCUCCGGCGGCUCAUCCAGUCGUGGUGCACCCUCAAUGCUGCGCACGGCAUCGAAAGGAUUCCGACCCCGAGACCUCCAAUAAGCAAGUCCCAGAUUGCUAAGCUCCUCCGUGAGGCCAAGUCCCCGGAGAUGCGAAACAAGUGUCUCAAAAGACUGCGGUUGAUUGCCACCGAGAACGCCACUAAUCGAUGCUGCAUGGAAGCCGCUGGUGCCGCUGACUUCUUGGCGGCACUAGUGAAAAAUGAGACCUCCGCGUUCAACUGUGGCAGUUUAGAGGUCACAAGUAGACCGCUUGAUGAGGCUCUGGCCGUACUUUUUCACCUACAACUCUCUGAAGCCAGCCUUAAGAAUCUCAUAAGCGACGGCGGAGUGUUUGUCGACUCGUUGACUCGAAUCAUGCAGAGCGGAACCUGUGAGUCUAGGGUAUACGCAGUCAUGUUGCUAAAGUCGAUGUUUGAAGUUGCUGAUAUUAUUCAUCUCUCAAGUUUGAGGAUGGAAUUGUUCGUCGAAGUAGUUCGCCUUUUGCGUGAUCAAGUCUCGCUGAAGGCAACGAAAUCUGCACUGAAAUUGCUUAUCCGAGCCUGCCUGGUGGGUCGGAACCGUGUCAAAGCUGUGGAAGCCUGCGCUGUGCCGGUCUUGAUCGAUCUUCUUCUUGAUUCAUGCGACAGAAGGCAGAGCGAAGUGAUCCUUAUACUUUUGGACGAGCUGUGCCGAUGCGCAGAGGGAAGAGCCGAGUUGUUGGAGCACGAAGUGGGGAUCGCCAUCGUGUCGAAGAAAAUACUAAGGGUUUCGGCAACAGCGAGCGAGAGAUGUGUCAGGAUUCUCUGGUCCAUCUCCAAGUUCUCAGCAACGCCGAGCAUCGUGCAAGAGAUGUUGCAAGUAGGCGUUGCUGCGAAGUUGUGUCUAGUCCUCAAGUUGAGGGCGAGCAAGACCGGAGAAAAGGCGAAAGAGAUUCUCAAAUUGCAUGCUCGGGCAUGGAAGAACUCUCCGUGUAUUCCUGCUGAGUUCCUUUCUUCUUAUCUAGCAUGAGAAGAUAAUCAGCUUUUCCUUCGUAAAACUUCAUUUAGACAGUUCUUUAGAUAGGUCAAUCAUUUGUACAAAGUGUUCAUUUUACUGAUGAAAGUAACGAUGAUAUAUGAAAUCGACAUGG